UGGGAAGCCAGCCUGUGUGUAUACUCCAUCUCUACUUACUUCUUCCCUCGUGUGAACGACACACAAUCUUAGCUGUGUGUAUACCCCAUCCUUAUGAGCGAAAGUUCAGUUAAUACUAAAAACAUAUAUGAAAAGAAAAUGUAUGAUAAAUGGACAUGACCACAAAGAUAAUCUGAACAGGUGCAGUUAAUUAUUAAAACUGAAUGAACUGAGGCUCUAGUGUACCAAAAAACGUGAAAUUAACGGAGAGCCUUAACGAGGAAGCCAGAAAGGGAAUAAAAAGAGGGAAAGAGAAAGGGAACAAGAGGAAGUUACUAGUAUCCUUAUGAAUAUCAACAAAUUGGAGCUUGUAACAUGAACCAGUCUGUUGUUAGUCUUGUGGUGUUGGUGGUGGUAACAGGUGCAGUGAAACACUACGAAGCAGGUGGCACCACAGGGGCCAAGGUCCUCAUCUUACACCCUAUAUAUGCCGGGAGCCACGAACUCACCUUGCGAAGAUUCGGAGAGGAGUUGGUUCAGCGGGGUCACCAGGUCACACAAGUUAGAUGGUUGUCUAGCAAGACUCAAGAAAUCAACUCCACAGUAGAGGUCAUCACACUCAGGGCUGACAACCAUGACCUUAGAUACCCCUACAUGAAGCUGGAUGGGACUUUCCACCCUCCCACCAAAAUGCUAUGGGAGAGACCACGUCACCUAUGGCAGAUUCCCACCGAUGUGUUCGGACUGAUCGAUGCUCACUGCAUUACACUUCUGGGGGAUUCUGCAUUGUUGAGGAGGCUGCAGCGGGCCAACUUCACUCUGGCUGUAGUGGACAUCAUCGGCAACGAGUGCUCCUUGGCACUGGCCUACACUCUCCAUCUCCCUGUCAUCGGGUUCUGGGGUUUUUCCUUUCAGGGUGGCGAGUCUCGGGCUGCUGGGGUGUUCCAGUCUCCAGCUCUCGUUCCCAACUUCCUGAGUGAGGUAGGCGCAUCUAUGAGCUUCCUGGAGAGGGUGUGGAACACACUCUUGAUGCUGGCAGAGACUACACUCAUUUCUUACCACUUCAGCGUCGUAGACUCUCAUAUCAAGCAUCUUGUGUCUCAGUGUCCAGGGAGCCAGCAUCUUCUGAGAGAACUGGAGGUAGUACUCGUCCACUCUCACUGGAUAAUAGACUACCCUAAACUCAUGCCACCACAUGUGCAGUAUAUUGGGUGCAUCCAGUGUGGGGCCCCUGCUCCUCUGCCUCACAACAUUCAUACAUGGGUGAGUGAGGCAGAAACAGGUGUAGUUGUCUUCUCUUUGGGUUUCACGGGAUAUGAGGCUACCUCUGUGCCAGGACGCGUCAUCGAUGCUUUCAUUGGUGCCUUCUCCAGACUGCCACAGCGGGUUUUGGUGAGGUUUAACCCAGCCCUUCUCCCUUAUGUUCCGGAAAACAUCAUGGUUGUUGACUGGCUACCACAACAUGAUAUUCUUGCUCACCCCAACACUGUGCUGUUCGUGACCCACUGUGGACAAAACGGCGUCAACGAGGCAGUGUACCAUGGUGUGCCCAUUGUUGCCUUCCCAAUCUUUGCUGACCAGGGUGACAAUGCUCGCAGGGUGGUGGAUCGCGGCCUAGGGCUCAUGAUAGAUAAAAAUGCCAUCACAGAACACCUUGCAUACACCACCAUUAUAGCCGUACUUAACAAUACCAGGUACCAAGAAACUGCAGCAAGGUUUUCUGCUCUGUGGCAAGAGGAGGGAGAGUCUGGGGUGGAGAGAGGAAUUAGGUGGAUUGAAAGAGUACACCGUCAUGGUCGCCUCACCCACCUCAAGAUGCCUGGUGCUCACCUUUCCUUCUUGCAAUACUUUGCUCUUGAUGUGGCUGUCUUUCUUCUUCUGGUAAUGCUGGCUCUCUGCUGCCUUACCUGUAGUCUUUGCUAUACCCUCUGCUUCCUUACUCGCAGGGAAGGCAAGGAGAAACUUCAGUAGUCCAGUGAUGAGUUUUAUGUUAAAUCAUUAAAAGGAUAUAUCUGAAGGUGUGAUGAUGAUGUCAGGUGUACUAACAUCUAAACUAGAAAUGUACAACAGAGAGCUUGAAACAAACCUCACUGGACAGAUUUUUAGUGAGAACCAGUGAGCCAGAACAAGGUGUUAGUGGUGAAAAGAGACAACGAAGAGAAACAACAUCAGAAGGACAGUUGUCUGACAUAAUAGAAGAAGACUCUCCUUCCAAGCAGUAAUAUACCCCCUCCUCUCCUCCACCUCCUGCUUCCAGUAUGCCAUUAGUUCUCCUCUGACAAAUAAGAGGCAGUUAAAUUUUCAUUUACUGUUCAGUAUUUCAGUUCAAGUUUCUUUUAGUAUUCAUUUUUACAGUUUUAUGUAGUAGUUAGUACAUUUGUAAUAAUUUAUUAUAUUGUCAGUUGGGGUCUGGAAUGGAUUAAUUCUAUUUACAUUAUUCUUUAUGGGAAAAAUUGCUUCGGUUGUCGUCCAUUUUGGGUGUCGAAUCGAUAUCUGGAGCGAAUUAAAUUUGACAACCAAGGAACUUUUAUAUGUCGACGAAGAAAGGGAGUGAAGAAGAGCAGUAUGUGAGUGUGGGGGAGGUGCGUGAGGCAUUACGUAGAAUGAAAGGGGAUAAAGCAGCUGGAACUGACGGGAACAUGACAGAAAUGUUAAAAGCAGGGUGAGGGGAUGUAGUGUUAGAGUGGUUGGGUGAGAUAUAAGCAACUAUUGGCAGAAAGGUGGACUGGUGCAAAUAUGAGUAGUGGGGGGGUUGAAGAGGGUUGGAAUAAUUUAAAAAAUGCAGUAUUAGAAUGUGGGGCAGAAGUUUGUGGUUAUAGGAGGGUGGGUGCAAGAGGAAAGAGGAGUGAUUGGUGGAAUGAUGAAAUAAAGGUUGUGAUAAAAGAGAAGAAGAUAGCUUAUGAGAGGUUUUUACAAAGCAGAAGUGUUAUAAGAAGAGUAAAGUAUAUGGAGAGUAAAAGAAAGGUGAAGAGAGUGGUGAGAGAGUGCAAAAGGAGAGCAGAUGAUAGUGGGAGAGGCACUGUCAAGAAAUUUUAAUGAAAAUAAGAAAAAAAUUUUGGAGUGAGUUAAACAAGUUAAGAAAGCCUAGGGAACAAAUGGAUUUGUCAGUUAAAAACAGAGUAGGGGAGUUAGUAGAUAGGGAGAUGGCGAGAAUAUUUUGAGGAACUUUUAAAUGUCGACGAAGAAAGGGAGGCGGUAAUUUCAUGCACUGGCCAGGGAGGUAUACCAUCUUUUAGGGUUGGAGUGGUUGGUAUUUUUGUUUAAUAAAUGUAUGACUCCAGGACUUGAGUCCUGGAGAUGGGAAGUACAGUGCCUGCACUCUGAAGGAGGGGUGUUAAUGUUGCAGUUUAAAAACUGUGGUGUAAAACACCCUUCUGGCAAGACAGUAAUGGAGUGAAUGAUGGUGAAAGUUUUUCUUUUUCGGGCCACCUUGCCUUGGUGGGAAUCGGCCAGUGUGUUAAUAAAAAAUAAAAAAUGUAUGAAAGAGGGGAAGGUACCUAGGGAUUGGCAGAGAGCAUGUAUAGUCCCUUUAUAUAAAGGGAAGGGGGACAAAAGAGAUGGUAAAAAUUAUAGAGGAAUAAGUUUACUGAGUAUACCAGGAAAAGUGUACGGUAGGGUUAUAAUUGAAACUAUUAGAGGCAAGACAGAAUGUAGGAUUGCGGAUGAGCAAGGAGGUUUUAGAGUGGGUAGGGGAUGUGUAGAUCAAGUGUUUACAUUGAAGCAUAUACGUGAACAGUAUUUAGAUAAAGGUAGGGAGGUUUUUAUUGCAUUUAUGGAUUUAGAAAAGGCAUAUGAUAGAGUGGAUAGAGGAGCAAUGUGGCAGAUGUUGCAAGUAUAUGGAAUAGGUGGUAAGUUACUAAAUGCUGUAAAGAGCUUUUAUGAGGAUAGUGAGGCUCAGGUUAGGGUGUGUAGAAGAGAGGGAGAAUACUUCCCGGUAAAAGUAGGUCUUAGACAGGGAUGUGUAAUGUCACCAUGGU